GUAAAAUUAGUCAGUUAUUUUGUAUUAAGCUAAAGUAAAAUUGAGCAUAAUAACCGUAUUACGUACUAGAAAGUAAAACAUGUCCUCAGUAUAUUAAAUAAAAAAACUACUUAGUAAGAGUAUCACAGAAAAGUUCAACUAUGAAAGCAUUAAUACAGCGCGUUAUGAAGGCUAAAGUUACCGUUAACGGUGAAGUCGUCAGUAAUAUAGAGCAAGGGUUAUGUGUUCUAAUAGGAAUUUCAAAGAAUGAUAACUUGAUGGAUAUGGAAUACAUUGUCCGUAAGAUACUCAGUGCAAGGUUAUUUAAUGAUGACAGUGACAAACGAUGGAGCAAGAGUGUGGUGGACAAGGAUUACGAAGUGCUAUGUGUUAGCCAAUUCACCUUGUACAAUACUUGGAAGGGUAACAAGCCAGACUUUCAUAAUGCAAUGCCAGCUGAUGAGUCCAAAAAAAUUUAUGAACAGUUUUUAGAACUGUUAAAAAAAAGUUACAAGCCGGAGAAAAUUAAAGACGGAGUAUUUGGGGCGUAUAUGCAAGUAUCCAUAGAAAACGAUGGCCCCGUCACAGUGAGUAUAGAGUCGCCGGUCAGGGACGAGAAAACGCUCGCCAAGGAAAAUUCUAGAAACCCGCAGAGGGUAAAAAUGAAUAUAAAUUGUGACGGAGAUCUACAUUCUUAGUGAUGAUAUGACGUUGCAGUCAAGAUGGUCCCAAGUGAGAUUUAUGCUGGAUGUAGAGAGGCAGAGAACUCCAACAUACGCUUUAUUUUAUCAAAUUUAUUUUAUAUACAUUGUAAUUUGGUCGUAACUGGCGUAUGUAAAUAUUACACCAUACCUUAUACAAUAAAACAAAGUCCCCC